AUGAGGCCUGGUCUAUUUGGAAAUAAGCUAGAGCUGAAAACAAACAUUGCUACGCGGCGAGAUUCAAGUAAGACUGAUACGCUAAAAGUGCCCUUUGCGAAAACAACGACGUAUCAGCGUUCGUUUAUUGUAACGGGCUGUAAUUUUUGGAACUCGCUUCCAAUUGAGAUCACAUCAGCUGCCACAUUGGAGGAAUUUCGCAAUGUUUGUUUCCGGUUCUUGCAACGCUUGGAGCAAGUCAAUGAGCAUGAGUGA